CACCGUGUAAGCGCAGCUAACGCUACCUAACCUAGCCAAGUUCGUCGUGAUCAUUCUUGACAUGUAACGAACCAGCAGGUGUAUGUAAGGGUUGUGUAUCGCCAGUGUUUUCCCUUAUAAGUCUGAACUAAACUACAGACAUGACAACUACGGCAUGCAACAAGUGGGGCGGACUUUUCAGCGUUGGAGAAGAUUUCGAUGAAGAUCUGCUAGAAGCUGAUUGGAUACAAACACCUGGACCCACCUCUGUUUCUGGCCCCACUGUAGCAGAAGUGCCUGCCCCCUUGCAGGAACUCGCCAUUUCCUGUGAUGCCCUGCAAGGCUCUUCUACUCUGCAGAAUAGUGGCUUGGUUCCUACGUCCUCAGCAGCUGUCGGUCUUCCAGAAGCAAGUGCCAUCAAAGCUUUACAGAGCUUCUCCAACUCUGGCCCGUCAGGUUCCACUGUGGUUCCUCACAUUCCCACUGCUCUUCGAGCACCUUUGGGCGGACACGGUGUUCCGGCUUCUCUCCGCCCGCAUCCUGCACAGCCGGACCCUCCACCAGCAGUCUGUGGUGCCCCGCGUGGACAGCCCCCCCCUCAGGAUGACUUUGACGAAUGGGACGUCGAUCUGGAGGAGUUGGAUGAGAGUAUGUUUCAAUGUGCUGGCUGGACCCAGUCUGGCUCGGACCCAGGCUGUCGACCUGACGACGUGUCCCCAGCUAAACGGAUGAGGUCAUUCACCAGAGGGCUCCACAGCUCCGCUCCUCCGCUGUCCUUGACCACGGCGCCGCGUGUCCCCACCUUUAACUCCCACGGUAACGUCCCCCCUCAGACUCUGCCGUGUGGGAGGAGCGUUUCAGGCAAACCAGCGGCCCUGGAACCUGUGGGAGCCCCGCCCCCUGGGCAGAUAAAGGCGGUUACUCCCUUGCUGCCACAGCGCCACUCGGCGUGUCUGUUCCAGGCCAUAUCGCCUGCCCUGCUGGCACCCCGCCCCCUCCACACGCCUGUCCUGACCAAUCACCUAGUCCAGCUUGUGUCUGCAGCCAAUAAGACACCACACAGGUCACGGAGUGAUGCAGUUCGAACCAAGAUGCGUCGGUUUCCUGGCCCAGCAGGGGUGCUGCCCCAGCAGCUCAGUGGGCGGAGUCUGGAUGACAUUGUUGUGACAGUUCCACAGACCCCAACGCAUGGAGCUGUGGCUCGCGUGCGGAGUGAGGUCCCGAGCUCUCAAGUGAGCGAGGAAGAGGAGUUCGGCGGGGGUGUGUGGGCAGCGAUGAAGGCUGACCUGGGAUUGGAUGAGAAGAAUCAGUCCUGCUUUCUGCAUUCCUACAGCAUCGUGAUGGUACUUCGGAAGGCUGCCCUCAGACAGCUGGCCAAGAAUAAAGUCCCUAACAUGGCUGUGGUGCUGAAGAGCAUUGUACACACACACGCCGAUGCCAAGGCCGUGUUCAAGGACCCCACAGGGGAGAUGCAGGGUACUGUUCACCGCCGUUUGCUGGAAGACAGACAGGGCGAACUGAAGACUGGUGCUGUGCUGUUGCUCAAACAAGUAGGCGUGUUUUCCCCCUCACAUCGGAACCACUACCUGAACGUGACGCCCAAUAACCUGCUCCGAAUCUACCCACCUGAUGGCUCCCUCCACACCUCCCAGCCCGUGCUGGAACCUGCUGGGUUACUGCUGCGUGACUCCUCCAGGCCAGAAGGUGGCCCUGUGUCUCAGAUGGAGCUGCAUUUUGAGGAGGAGGAGGAGGGUGAGCAGACCACUGUCCCAGCCAACACUACAGUUCCCGUUCACAAAGUGCUCCAGCCUUCAGGACCUGAGGACCCAGAACAGACCUUGUGGGAUGCAGAUGACCUUGAUGAGCUGAUCUGGGAGUUGCCUGUCUAAUCAGCUCACCUCACACCAACCAUGUCCCCUAAAACAUGCAGAAACACGAACGAUCAGCGAGCAGGCUGCACCCUGUAUGUGUGUUUGAGGGAGAGAGAGAGAGAUGUACAUAAUUGAUGUAGAACAACCUCAUCUAGAAAACAUGAAGAAUAAAUAUUUGAGCGUGAGCCUCGCUUCGUUUUCUCAGUGCCGCGGCUGGCAAUAUCCGUUCGGGCUGCGUGAGCGCGCGCGCUCUUCAGACGCGGGUCCGCAUCAGGCGCUGAAAGCGCCAGCAGCAACCGGCUCCACGAGGACAUGGACGCACGAGCCGAGAGGGACGAGGCUGCAGGUGCUGGUGGGGGGGGCUUCAGCACCCUCGCCCUGCCAUAGGUUUGCAAAAAUGUUCCAACUCAUGCAGGCCCACAAGACCCAGCGCGACUCGCCCCUGACGGUGGAAGAGACGUUUUUGGAGAGGCCGGCUUUAAAUAAAAUAUUCACAAUGUUGAAGCUGCUGGUUGCCAUGCAGUGCUGUGAAAUUUAAAUCAAGCAUGUGCUUUCCCUUUAUUCUCUCUCUCCCUCAGCUGAGUGUGUGUCCUAAUUAAGAGUUUAAGCUUGUCCCCCUGUCAUUAUGAAAUUCUGAGUGUAAUUACUUUUUCAGUCUUCACAGGCGUGUCUGCCGUGUCUCUCUCGUUACUAACGAUUAAAGUGUCACGUCUCUUCU